ACAGUUUUCCACAGAACUGAGUUAACCAAAUUUAAAUCUAAAAUAAAUUAAAAGAAUAAUAAUUAAAGAGUAUUUGAAACCAGAUGUCUUGAUUGAAAUUUUAUAGUAGAUUGUGGACAUAGAAGAACAAAUAAGUUCUUACCAGAGAUGACUUCAAACAUUUCAUUAAAUGACACAGUUAAUGUUGUAAAAUUCCAGGAAGAAAUACUUAGAAACAAAUGUCGAUUAUGUUUGAAACCGGUAAAUUCCAAAACUGAUAGAACACAAGUAACAGAAGAGUUUAAACAUAUGAUACAAAACAUCUUGCAAAUUCAGUUAAAUUCAUCACCAAUAACUUCGAAUUUCAUAUGUGAGAUGUGUCGCUCCAAAAUUAUUGACUUUCAUCUUUUUAAAAGUGAAAUGAUAGAACAACAAAAUUAUCUUGAAAAGUUCUUAGUUGUCGAUUAUUUAAUCACCUACCUUGAUAAAACUGAUUUCAAUACUGAUCUCGAUACUACAUCAAUUGAAACUGAAGUAAGCGAUAACAUGUUGUUAGAAAACUCUAAAGAGUAUGACAAAUUGAAAGAAAGUCUUAAAGAAUUUAUAGUUGUGAAUGAUUCAGCAACAUACUUUGAUGAAACUGAUUUCAAUGCUGAUCUAGGCACUACUUUGAUAGAAACUGAAAUAUGCGACAGCAUGUCAUCAGCCAUUUCAAAAGCAAACACAGAAUUAAUUUCUGACAUCCAGCUCCACCUUGAAGAUAGUUUAAUAGAUAUGAAAACCAAAGCAAAGAGUAGCAACAAAAAUUUGGACGAAGAAAAAGAAAACGUGGACGGAAUGAAAAUACCUUGCAAAACUUGUGGAAAACUUUUGAAAUGUGAUAGUUUAAGGACGCAUAUUUCAAGGUUUCAUAAGUCAGAGGAAAUACGGUGCGAAAUUUGUGGAAGAAUUAUGCGAAGCCUAUUCGCUCUAAAGAUGCAUAUGAAAGAAGCUCACUCUCAUCAAUCUAGUCAUAAAGAAAAUAAAGAGAAAACGGUUCAGUGUGCUUACCCAGGAUGUAUAAAAAUGUUUUACUUUAGAUCUAAUAUGAUGGAGCAUUAUUCCACUCACUGUGAGAAGAGAAAAGAAUUUAAAUGUCCCUAUGAAAAUUGUAACACAACUUAUUUAUACAAACAUAAUUUGACAUUUCAUAUAUCUUCCAUUCACAAAGGAAUUAAAAUCAGUUGCCCAAUUGGAAAUGGUUGUAAAUAUUCAGGACCACAUAAAAAAUAUGUUAGAGCACAUUUGUUACGUGGACAUACAAAUCUUUCUCGUGAAGCAUUAGAAAAAUACAUAAGCCAAAUAUAAGUCAUGAAAUCUUUAACAUAGAAUGAUGUUUUUAAGAAUAAACUUUAAUAAAAUUGACGAUUUUUAUUUCGAU